AUGCCGCGGGGCUUCCUGGUGAAGCGAACUAGACGGCCGGGCGGCUCGUACCGAGCGCGCCACGCCGAGCGGGUCCCGCCUCCGCCGGGGCCCCAGGUGGCGCCGCCCGCCGCCGCCGAGGUCCCCAGCGCCUCCCUGCCGGGAGCGGAGCGCGCGAGUCCCCACGCCCGGGGGCGGACUGCGGAGACUGCUCGGGAACUGUCGGGGUCGCCCUGUCGGGCUGCGGGGGUGAGCCCGGGGACAGGCGGGCGGGAGGGCGCGGGGUGGCGGGCCGAGGACACGGAGGGCCCAGGGCCCAGCCGCAGCCCCGCGAAGCCCGCGGGCGCCGAGCUCCGCCGCGCGUUCCUGGAGCGCUGCCUCAGCUCGCCCGCGUCGGCGGAGUCCUUCCCCGGGGGCGCCGCCGCCUUGGGCACCUUCUCCUGCUCGGGGGCGCCGGCCGCCGCGCCCUCCCCGGCGGAGACGUUCCUCCUGCCGCUCCGGGCGCCGUUCCCGGAGCCCGCGCUGCAGCCGGAGCCCGCGCUCCUCCCAGCCGCCCUGCACAGCCUGAAGCGGGCGGCCGCGGGCGAGCGCCGGGUCAAGCUGCCCGCGGGCUGCGCGCCAGGGCCGGCGGCCGCGGGCAUCAAGAAGCCAAAGGCCAUGAGGAAGUUGAGCUUUGCCGACGAGGUGACCACGUCGCCAGUCCUGGGCCUGAAGAUCAAGGAGGAGGAGCCCGGAGCGCCGUCCCGGGGCCUGGCGGGCAGCCGCACGCCGCUGGGGGAGUUCAUCUGCCAGCUGUGCAAGGAGCAGUACGCCGACCCCUUUGCGCUCGCCCAGCACCGCUGCUCCCGCAUCGUGCGCGUCGAGUACCGCUGCCCCGAGUGCGACAAGGUCUUCAGCUGCCCCGCGAACCUCGCGUCCCAUCGCCGCUGGCACAAGCCACGUCCCCAGGCCGCAAGCACAGUGUCCUCCGCCGACGGGAAGCCGCCUCCGUCCUCUUCGUCCUCGCCGGAUUCUGCCUCCCUCGCGCCUUUCCUGGCCGAGGGCAAGGAGAACAGCCGGGCCGAGCGGACUGCGGAUCAGCACCCUCAGGCGAAGGACAGCUCCAGGGAGGAUCAGCACCGGGACAGCGACCCACGCCAGGCCCUCCCGGGGCUGCCGCGCCUGGAGCCGCCGCUGCCACAGGCUCCGUACACCGAGGGCGUGUUGGGGCGUCGGGUGCCUGGGCCGAGUAAUGCGGGUGGUGGCACGGUAUCGGAAAUCUUUGUGUGCCCGUACUGCCACAAAAAGUUCCGUCGCCAAGCGUACCUGCGCAAACACCUGGGCACUCACGAGGCGGGCUCGGCUCGCGCGCUGGCCCCGGGCUUUGGCUCAGACCGCAGGGCCCCACUCGCCUUCGCCUGCCCCUUGUGUGGGGCGCACUUCCCGUCCGCAGAUAUCAGAGAGAAGCACCGGUUGUGGCAUGCUGUCCGCGAGGAGCUUUUCCUGCCUGCUCUGGCGGGGGCUCCUCCCGAAGUGCCUGGUCCCGGAGGGGCAUCUGACGGAGGUGCGCAGCAAAUUUUCUCGUGCAAGCACUGCCCGUCCACUUUUUUUAGUUCCCCGGGACUGACCAGGCACAUCAAUAAGUGCCACCCCUCAGAAAGUCGCCAAGUAUUGUUGCUGCAGAUGCCAUUGCGGCCUGGCUGUUGA